UUCUUUACCUCGAAAUAACGGCGGUUAGCGGAUGCGAUGUAAAAGAAAGAAAAAUGUGGAAAUAAUAAAUUAGUGAUUUUUAAAUGUAACCGGUUACAAUUCACAUGCAAAUGAAAACUUAAUUUAAUUCAUUCUAAGUGAAACGCGCCAAAAUAAUAAACGAAAUAUUUCGAGUGCUGGGUGGAAAAUGGCGCAACCGCCGCCGGAUCAAAAUUUUUACCAUCACACUUUGCCGCAUCCACAUUCGCACCCACAUCCGCACUCUCACUCACAUUCGCAGCAUCCGCAGCUGCAAUUGCCGCCACAGUUUCGCAAUCCAUUCGACUUACUUUUCGAUGAACGCACGGGCGCCAUCAACUACAACUACAUACGUCCCUAUUUGCCAAAUCAAAUGACCAAGCCAGAUGAGUUAUCCGACUCGCUAGUUAUGCGACGGCCUCGUCGCACUCGCACCACAUUCACCAGCUCACAGAUAGCCGAGUUGGAGCAGCACUUUUUGCAGGGACGCUACCUAACCGCCCCCCGACUGGCAGAUUUAUCGGCUAAGCUGGCGCUGGGCACGGCGCAGGUGAAGAUUUGGUUUAAAAAUCGCCGGCGUCGUCACAAAAUCCAAUCGGACCAGCACAAAGAUCAAUCCUACGAUGGCAUGCCGUUAUCCCCAUCAAUGCCCAAUGUACCACUCAAAGCAGCCGAUGCGGAUCCACCGAGUCUGCACGCAUUGAGCCUGGGUGGAGGUGCUGCAACACCCAAUGCUCUAACGCCAUCGCCAACGCCAUCUACGCCCACAGCGCAGCUAGUUGAGCAUUACAGCGAGUCUUUUGGCGCGUAUUACAACUACAACCAGCAGCAGCAGCAGCAGCGACAUGUGGCGCAGUUGCACGGCGGACAACAUACCGGCCAGUAUGGGGGCUCUUCGGCAUCAACUACAACUGCUCAAUUCUUUCAGCAUGGUAAUCUCCAUGUCCAGCAGCAACAGCAACUCCAUCAGCAUCCCCAGCAGCUUCACCACCAUCACGUGAUAGCACAACAGCAACAGCAGCAGCAGCAACAACAACAACAACAACAACAACAACAACAACAGCAGCCACAAUAUCACCAUUUCGAUUUUCAGCCGAAAUCGGGAACACCCUGUCGAGUGCCCUUGAUCAAGUGCGAGAACGAGGAAGACUACAACUACAAUGGAUCGUAUUAUAUGCGAACGACAACAACGACGGCGCUGGCUCUGUCCGGUAGUAGCAGCAGCGGCAGCAUGCCGACCGUCGAGGCGGGCGUGACGUCUGCUAUGUCGCCCGGCUCCGAGGUCUACGAGCCAUUAACACCAAAGAAUGACGAAAGUCACAGUCUGUGUGGCGUUGGUCCUGCUGGCGGCGGCGUCAGCGUUGGCGGCCCAUCUGCCACAGCUGUCGGCGCCGCCGAUGUCAAUGACGACAUGGACAAUGGACCAAAUAAGAAGACGACGACGCUACAGAACUUGGAGCCACUGAAAACCAACAACAAUGUGGUCGCAAACAAAUCCAGUGACAAUGGCAGCGAUGUCCUAGCCGAAGGACUACUCACUGUUGCACGCAACAGUCUGGCCGGGUGUGGUAGCAACAGUAGCAGCAACAGCAGCGCCUUUGGCAAGUUUGGAAAGCUUACAACUCCACUAACCACGCAGACGCCACCGCCUCCGAUUACUACACUAGAGGCCAUGCACGAGACAAAUCAAUAUCAAUGCACGAUGGAUACGCUAAUGCAAGCGUAUAAUCCGCAUCGUAAUGCUGGAGGCAACUCACAGUUCGCCUACUGCUUUAAUUAAGAAGAGCAUACAUACUCUAUAAUAUAAUCUAGAUUACUUUUUAUAUAUUACACAAAUUGUAAAAACACAAAUUUCAAUGUUUGUGGUGCUUCUAACUUUAAAAGACACAUGUUAAUUCCUGAUUGUACAAAGAUUUACUGAUUUGUAGAUAUCAAACUGUAGUAUUUUAAGCAAACUAACAUUGUUUUAAAUGCAUUUUGUAAGGCUUAGUUUAGUUACAACUAAAAUUUUGAUGCAUCUUCAAUUUGUGAAUAUUUGAUUUGAAGCUUCCUUUGUAAAGCGUUCAUUUAUCUCAACUCUGUCUGGUGGGGCUUUCCCAAAAGCCCAGUAACGCCCAAUCAGACAUAUUUGAGAUGAUAUGGGCUUUACUGAACAUUUUACAGAUGAAGCUUCUACAAAAAAUUCCCAAGUAGAUUUAAAUUUUUGUAUAGCUUUGAUCAAGUGGCAUUGCUAACAAAAACUGUAAUUAUCUAAAUGAAAAAUGUUUCUCUUCCUGAUAAUCGCAGGGCCAUGUAAAAUAAUUUGUUCUGCCAUUAUCAGCCAAAGAUCGAACAUUUAAACAAUAAUAAUCAUCAGAAUAUUUUUAAAUUUUGCUAUGCCACAAUUUUCAGGUGACAAUUAAACAUUCUACACGUGAGAAUUGUUAAAAAAUUGUUAUAAAUUACAUGAAAAACACCGAUCUCAGCUAUUGAACAAAUCCUUGAAUUUAC